UGAAAUUUCUAUAUAAACACUUGUAUGCAAACACUUCUCACUCUGUCUCAAAUCUUAAAGUUAAACAAAAAAAUAAAAUAAAUACACACUUUACAACCACCUGUAUAUCAAGUGGUGUAGAUAUGGCAAUGGCAGCGUCCAUCACUGGAGUGAAGGUGGAGUCUUUUGAAUUUCCGGCAGUGGUGACACCUCCUGCCUACCCCAAAUCCUAUUUUCUCGGCGGCGCAGGGGUAAGAGGCUUAGAUAUUGAUGGGGAGUUUGUGAAGUUCACGGCAAUAGGAGUUUAUUUGGAAGAAAAUGCCGUAGCAUCACUCACUGCUAAGUGGAAGGCCAAAACUCCAGCUCAACUCUUUGAAUCUCUUGAUUUCUACAGAGAUAUUAUCAAAGGUCCCUUUGAGAAAUUUAUUCGAAGUACAAAGGUGAGAACACUAGAAGGUAGUGAAUACGUGAGGAAGGUGUCAGAAAAUUGUAUUAACCAUAUGAAAUCUGAAGGCACAUAUGGUGAUGAAGAAGAAAAAGCCAUUCAAGAAAUCAGAGAAGCCUUCAAGGAUCAAUAUUUUCCACCAGGCACUACUGCUUUUUAUAGACAAUCACCAGAUGGAACAUUAGGGCUUAGAUUCUCUAAAGAUGAGACAAUACCUGAACAUGAGUAUGCAGUUAUUAAGAACAAGCCACUUUCAGAGGCAGUGUUGGAGACUAUGAUUGGCGAAAUUCCUGUUUCACCAGCUUUGAAAGAGAGUUUGGCUACAAGAUUUUAUGAGUUUUUGAAGAAUGACAACUUCAACAUUAUUGGAGAUUGUAAAUCAUAAGCUGCUUUUUUGGACAAAAAAAUUUGGACCAUAAGAAUAAAUAAAUUAUCCCUGAACUAGCUAUGUCGUCGACUUGUGCGCCAGUUGAAUUGAUUGAUUUAGUUUUUUUA